CAUUAUUUUUACUUACCACGUGACUUGUACUGAAAAAAAUAGCGUCCUUUACGUUGCCCCUCACCGUUUUCCUUCUUGCUUGUUUCCCGUUAGUAACUGUCUUUUGGACUCCUAGAAGUUGGCGGACUUGGUUCUUUGGAAAGAUAUACGCUAGAUCGAUACGAUGGCUGGUGCACCCCCAACUACGACAAACCCAACUGCAUCCAGUAGCCUCCUGCCAGCAAAAUCAUGGCAGCAUUUCGUAGCAGGAGGUUUGGGUGGAAUGUGUGGUGCAAUCGUGACAAGUCCAUUUGAUGUUGUCAAGACGCGGUUACAGUCCAGUCUUUUCAGGGAAAAACAUACUUCAGUCGGGAUUGUAGGAGGUGGUGUUGCGACGCUCCCGCAGCGCUCGAGUGGUCUGCUGUGGAAUUUCGUCGAGACCGGGCACAUUCUACGUGACAUAUACCGCGAUGAGUCGCCAGGGGCGCUGUUUAAAGGCCUUGGACCAACUCUAGUCGGAGUCAUACCCGCCCGUUCGAUCAAUUUCUACACAUACGGUAAUGGCAAGCAAAUCAUCGCCCAUCACUUCAACCACGGACAAGAAAACUCCUAUGUCCAUCUUGCUGCAGCUGCAAUUGCUGGUGUCGUAACAGGGACGGCAACGAAUCCUAUCUGGGUCGUCAAGACACGUCUCCAGCUCACUGCAUCGGAACGUCGACACUCUUCCUCCCUCCUAAGCACGAAUACGGGUACAACAGCCGGACCUUCACGCGUCUUCGGAGGUAGCUUCAAGAUGAUAACGCAGAUCUUCCGUGAGGAAGGUAUUAGGGGCUUUUACAAGGGUUUGAGCGCCAGCUACUUGGGUGUUACAGAGGGAACUAUUCAAUGGGUGCUUUACGAGCGUCUGAAGCAGUUGUCUGCGGACGCUGAAGGCCGUGGAGGUAUGGUCGAGUGGUUCGGGAUGCUUGGUAGUGCAGGAACUGCGAAGUGCGUCGCCAGUCUGAUCACAUAUCCCCACGAGGUUCUACGGACACGACUGCGACAACCGUCUGUUAACGGUGUCAUGAAGUACACUGGUCUCUGGCAGACGCUGCGGACCGUCAUUGCUGAAGAGGGGGCCCGUUCCCUUUAUGGCGGACUGAGUGCACAUUUAAUGCGUGUCGUCCCGAAUGCAGCGGUGAUGUACUCAAUAUAUGAGGGUGUCCUGCGAUGGGGCAAGGAUUCCAAUUGAGCCUGUUGGGACCCCUCAGUAAGCUAUGUUUAAAUGUUACCUUUUAACCUAGAUUUAUGCCACUUAUCAUUGCUAGUCACCUUUCCGACCUCCCCGCACUUUCACAAUCCCCGCAUCGUAUCUUACAUCAUUCAAUCGUACAUUGUUUUCGCGCACAUCUGUAUAGUACCAUAUGUUACCCGUAUUAAUUCACCACUCUAUUGCUCGC